CUGGGCUAAUAUAGCGCCGACAUGCUUUAGAACAGUUUCUGUGGGCAGAAAAUACCGUAAUUAUAUUGUUUUUAUUGUUCAAUUUCCGAUCGCAAUGGUCAAUGAGUCGACAACUGUCAUGGAAGAAGCGAAGACUUCUAAGGCGAGACAGAAGUCCGCAAAAUCAAAAACCAAACUACAAUCGACAUCAAAAGAGAAACGGGAACCGAAACAAAAAGUAAGGAAAGAGAGAAGAGACCAGGAAGAGGAAGAAGAUGACGGCAGACAGAGUCCAUGGGUGGAUCUGCCCGAUCUACUUUUGGAGAGAAUUUACGAUCACCUCACUAUUAAGGAGCGCUUUUAUACGUCGCAGGUUUGCAAAAGUUGGAAUCGAGGGUUCUAUAUGCCCUUCUCAUGGUCCACCUUUGUUUUCGACGAGUACACACUGACAAGACGCAGGUUCAACUAUUAUUCUGGGUGGCAGUACAUUCUGGACCACCUUCGCACACAGCAGUGCCUGUCGACUAUUGGCAGUGCCAUCAGGGUGCUGAUCUUCCGGCCGAUGACCAACUUCUACAACCUGUACGAAUUCAUGAACAUGAUCUCGUUCUACGUGGAGCGGCAGGCGGAGGAUGACAGCUGGACUCAGUCGUGCGGCAUAGCGGCCAACAUCCACACGCUGCACUACACGUUCCCCUGCAGUAUGCAGGCUAGGGACGAGUCGGAGCGGGAGAGGUUGUAUGGCACUGGAGGUAAACUUCUAGCAGCCCUUAAACGCCUGAUGAGCAACCUGAGUCCCUCGCUGCGUCACCUGAAACUGGUCGACCUGAUGCUGGACAACAGUGAAGCUCUCCACCUGUUGGACCAGUUCUGUUGCGACUGCGCAACCUCUCUGCGCACCCUCAUCCUAAUCAAUGCCACCAAAUAUGUGUGUCCUCUGCUACAUGUGGGAUGUUUCCUCAAUUUGAAGACACUAAUAAUCAGCCCGCAAAAUCUGAGCGACGACAUAGUCUACCUGCUAAGCGAGACCGGCCUUCAAGACCUGCACAUAAUUCAAAACCGGUACACACCACUUGAAGUUCCCGCCGUUGGCGCCAAAUGCUGGCGGGAGUGCGCAAAGCGUUCUGCGCAUCUAUCGGUGCACCUGCGCGUCGAGUCAAAGCGAGAGAGACAGCUGUUAUGGCAGGAGGCGGCUCCCGUGCGAACGGUGCUCUUCAGCUCGCCGCAGUGCAAGUUGACAACAGAAUUAAUAUUGAAAUGUGUGGACCUCUACGGAGCAAAACUAGAAGUUUUUGGCCACCUGGGCAUACCGAGAUUUCACCAACCUGAGUCCUUCAACGAGCGAAACGAUCCGUUUCUGCUGCUACUCUGCAAAAUGUGUCCUAAUCUUCAAACUUUGGCCAUUCGCGAACGUAUCUCCACAGCCACCAUCCUACUCCUAGCUGAAUUCAGUAAAAAUUUGCGCAAUUUCUAUGUGCGUCGUAACGCAGUGAUCCUGCGCGCUGAUUGGCCCAAAAAUCCCGAAUGGUCGGACGAAUUCUACUAUUGGCUGAGGAAGACUUCGCGAUCCUACGAGCUGACCGAGAAAGAGGUGUCCCAUAAACUGGGCUACAAAUGGACUAUGCUUGAUGAUAAGGAGUACAAACGAGUAAAGCCUAUUGUCGAUACUAAUAACUUUUUGUGAUACAAUAAAAUGUUGUUUAUGAUAA